UGUAUAUCUGUUAUUAUCUCUGAAGUAACAACUGUCUAUAAGUCGUGUUGCAGACCCUUGAAUAGACUCGAUUUAUUUGUGCAUCUUCAUUCUUUUAUUGUAUACGAUAAAUGUAUCACACUGAACGAAUCAAAGGGUAUAAAAAGGCUCAUUAACAGCAUGGGGAAUAUGAAGAUGGUGAAUAAAUCGCCUAACAAAGUGAGUAGUGCGCUGAACAGAAGACGGAACCGAUUCAUUGCAAAGGUGUUCGUGAUUGUUAUCACGCAAAUAUUUUUUACCAUAUUUACCAUUGCAAUAGUGGAAUCUAUAGAUGCAGUGAUAACUUAUCUUUAUAAGAACUUUUGGGUGAGCAUUAUUUUCAGCACUGUGUCAGUUGGUAUUACACUUAUUGUUUUUCUUGUAAGAGAUCUUCAGCAUAAAGCGCCAUACAACUACCUAUUACUUAUCGUCUUUACAAUCAGCUUUGAUGGAGUGAUAACCUGCCUUUCCAUAUUUGAGUAUGGAAUGUUCAUUUUCAUAAGUUGGAUAAUUGCUAUCAGUUUAUCAUUUGUGUCAUACUUGUUCGCCUUAAAAAUCAAAGUGGAUUUGACGACGAAAUUUAAUUUAUUCAGUAUUUAUUCUGGGUGCGUUAUCAUUGUUGGAUUUAUUGUCUGCGGCAUUCUAUACGGUGUUAAGAUUUCUCAGGUUGCUGAUCACCUUGUCGGAAUUUUUAUACUUGCUAGUGUUAUUCCCUUGAGUGUGAUUGAAGGCCAGAUGCUUAUUGGAGGGAAACGUAUUUCUUAUUCUAAUGACGACUAUAUUCUAGCCACAAUGUUUCACUGGAUCCUCAUCACCUUGUUUUACGCUGGUUUCAUGUUUCAAUUUUUGGAUGUGUGGUUGACGUCUACACUUAUGAACUUUGGUAAUAAUUUCUCAAGCAUGUAGCGGAAAUAUAAAACAGAUAAUAAACUUUGACAUAGAAAUGUAUUUCACUUAUAUACUUGAAGUAAACGUUGUUAAUGAUAAUCUACUGAAUCAAUAAAAAGAUUUUACUUAAAGCAUUUCACCAGUCCCACACCUUUUCGUUUGUGUUAAUUCUAUUUUUUUAUUUCCGAGUUAUUUACAAAUCCUUAGCUUGUUAAGGCUGAGCGAGAUGUGAAAUGAGCGGAACGAGAACUUCAGAACAAAAAUGAAUUCAGUGAGAUGGAAUCUACUCAUUUUGCUGAAUUCUAUUGUCGUCAACGAAAUAAUCAAUGAAUUUAACUAUUCUUCUCUAUUUCUCAAUGUAAUACAAGCAUAUUUGUUGUGAUUUUAGGAAACUGUACUUGUGAUUUAAUUUCUAGAAUUGUUUAAUGAAAUUGUUUGUGCUG